UGUUAUACAGGAAGGGGCGUGGCUUAGAGCGAGUGUUUUCCAAAGUUGUUGUGCUCCGGCGGUGCGGUGUCUGCGCUCGUGUCGUUGAGCUGCCGUCCUUAAAAUAACUUAUUGCUGGAGCAGCCGUCUCUUUGUAUCACAGCCAUGGACAUUUAAGUGAUUAUUUACACAAACGGCAGUUAAAGUCUGUGGAAAGAUGGCCAUCGCUCACGUGGCGACGGAAUACGUGUUCACCGACUUUCUGCUGAAGGAGCCGAGCAAGACUCAGUACCGCAGCAUCCGCACCGAGCUGGCCGUGGACAAGAUGGUGACCUGCGUGGUGGUGGGGCUGCCGCUGCUCUUCAUCUCCCUGGCCUUCGCUCAGGAGGUCUCCGUGGGAACUCAGAUCAGCUGCUUCUCUCCGACGAACUUCUCCUGGAGGCAGGCGGCUUACGUCGACUCCUUCUGCUGGGCUGCCGUUCACACACACACUCUACCUCUGUGGCUGCACAAGUUCUUUCCCUACAUCCUGCUGCUGGUGGCGAUGCUGAUGUACACCCCGGCGCUGUUCUGGAGGUUUUUCGCGGUCCCCCUCCUGCAGUCAGACCUGGGCUUCAUCAUGGAGGAGCUGGACAGGAGUUAUAACCGAGCGGUCACUCUGGCCAAACGCGUGGCAGCGCUCCAGCUCACCUCAGACAGCGACCCCACCGAGGGCUGCUUCAACUACCCGCUGGUGGAGAAGUUCCUGAUGACUAAGCGCUUCUCGCGGCGGCUGCUGUUCUACUACCUGCUGUGCCGCGGCCUGACGCUGGUCACCCUGGUGUGCGCCUGCAUCUACCUGGGUUACUACUGCAGCCUGGCCUCCAUCAAGGACGACUUCAACUGCACGCUGCGCGUGGGGCUCCUGGAGUCCGACCCCACCGUUCCUGAAAAGGUCCAGUGCAAACUCAUCGCCGUGGGCGUCUUCUCUGUGCUAAGCCUGGUCAACCUGGUGGUGUUCGCGGCGCUGAUGCCAGUGGUGAUUUUCGCCGGGCUCCGCCCACUCCUCUUCCAGAAGCAUGCUCAGUUCCUGGAAACCUACCAGUCCCUCCCCACGGUGAGCGUGCUGCCCGCCCCCAGCGGACAGUGUGACGACCUCUCCAUGUACCUGCUCUUCCUGGAGGAGAACCUCAGCGAGUUGAAGUCCUACAAGUACAUUAAGGUGCUGGAGAUGUUGAAGAAACGUGGAGACUGCUCCGGGGAAAGCUUCGACACCAUGGGGCUGCUGCAGACACUCUGCACCGUUAAGAUGGACCAGAUGGACGGGAAGAAAAGCAAAACCACCGCCGAGAAACUGGAUGAAACCAAACCAAACUCGGCUGAUGGAGCAGCACAAGAUGACAAAAUCCUCAAGACUCCAAAUCCAAACUCCCUAGACGAAACGGAGAUGAAAGAGCUCAGCCCGCUGCUGGUGAAGGAAGUGACGGACAGCGGAGCAGGAGAGGGCGGGACUCUGCGGCAGCGAGCCAUGUGAUUGGCCGCCGUGAAGCUGCACGAAAUCUUGAAAUAAAAUCAUGGCGAUGGUUAAAGAAUUUCAAAGAUGCUUUUGAUGAGAUCAGAGCUUCAAGGAGGAGAAACAAAAGACCUGUGUGGGAAUGUUUACACAGUAGUUAGGGCUCUUUUAUAAUCUAUUUUCAAGGAGGAGACAAUCUCACCGUAGUUUUUCAUGAAACUGGACUCCAAAGUGGACGAGCUGCUCCACCUCACACUCCUUUAGACUGAUGGUGUCCAACCUCUCAGUGGUGCUUUACACAGAUGCUGAUGAAACUCAGCCCCACUCUUCACAGCCAUCUGAACACCUUCA